CUUGAAGAGAAAUUCGCACAUCACAGGUGACGUGUGUCAUUAUAAUACUGCUGCAUGGAUCAGAAGGCAGCAGUGUGCGCCGGAUGCCACCGGCCGAUCAGAGACAGGUUUCUCCUCAGAGUCAGCGACGGCCUCUGGCACGAGGAGUGCGUGCGGUGCGCGGCGUGCGGGGACCCGCUCAGGAAUUCCUGCUUUCUGCGGGACCGCAAACUUUUCUGCAGGCGGGACUAUGCUCAUCUGUUUGCAGUGCGUUGUGGGGGCUGUGCGGAGGCCAUCUCCCCUGCAGAGCUUGUGAUGCGAGCAGGAGCCGCUGCUUUCCACCUGCGCUGCUUCACCUGCAAAGUUUGUUCCUGCCGCCUGCAGACUGGAGACCGCUGUGUCCUCCGGGAGGGACAGCUUCUGUGUGCCAGAGAGAACUACCAUCAGUGUCUGGCGAGUCCAAUAUCUUCAGAUACUGGUAAAAGUGACGAUGAAGAAGAGGAGGAAUUGGGGCGGAUUACACAGAGGCGAGGCAGUGCCAAUAAUCCAGACACCAAACGUCCCAAAAGACCUCGCACUAUUCUGACCACCCAACAAAGACGCACCUUCAAGGCUUCCUUUGAGGUCUCAUCAAAACCUUGCCGAAAGGUAAGGGAGACCUUGGCAGCAGAAACGGGCCUAAGUGUCCGGGUUGUGCAGGUCUGGUUCCAGAACCAGAGAGCUAAAAUGAAGAAAUUGGCUAGAAGACAACAGCAGCAGGAGCAGCAACAUACUCAGGAGCAAUGUGAAGUCUCAACAGUGCCCUCAUGUGGCAGUGUCGGUUCAGAGACAAAGUGCAUGGGGCCAUCUUUUGCCCAUGUUCAGCAGCAGCAGCAGCAGCAGAUGGGGCUCACCACUCUGGAGCAGCAGGACUGGGACACGGACCCCUUCAGACAGGGCCUGACUCCACCCCAGAUGCCAGGGGAUCAUAUGCACCCUUAUGGUUUUCAAGGUUUGUAUGGGGAAAUAGACAGGGAGUCUCUGUGCCAUGUUGCUGACAAUGACUGCCUCUCUUUGGCUGGAUCGUCCCCACUCACUCCCAUCGACUGCCUCUACUCCAUGCAGGACUCAUACUUCACCUCCUGAGGGUGGAGUUCAGGCUCAGGGAGAAGCUGCAAUCUACUCUGGAAACACACUUUUAUCUCCCCAAACUAGUUAGGUCAAAAAAUGUAAAAUUUCAGAAGUGGAGAUGGGUACACUGUGAUGCCAUGUAAUUUAACAUAUUCAGUUCUUGGUAAACUCUGACACGUUGCUUCUUUUAAUGCUUUCCAUUGCCCAUUUGCAGCACAAUGUCUAGAAAGCGAAUAAACCCUCCACGCAUGGUGCUGUUACCCCUCACUUUUUAUGGUUAGACAGAAACCCCUUCUGUCCAUGUACAUAAAUAACCUUGGAGUGUAUUUGUAUUUAUUAUCACAAUGUGUGUGUGUAUACUGUUCAUUCAAAUUAAUAAAAAUACA